AUUCACCUGUAACGGGCUAAUCUAAUUCAAAAACCAAACAGCAAAACCAAACCAAAAUAAAAAAAACAAACAAAUUUCAUAUCAAAACCAUAUAACUAUUGGUUAAAUCUCAAUACAAAAAAAAAUGAGCAUUUGAACACGUAUUCUAUUAGCGCACUUGGUCACCCAUUCCACCCAUUUGAAAAAGAUGAGUUCUAAUGCACCAAAUACGAACCAGAUUGUUCUUAGAACAAAUUCCUACAAAUAUUUUCAUGUACCAACCAAAUUUAGAAUUACAUACACAGCCUCACGUAUUUGAUGUUGUAUGUUGUUUGAUCGUGGAACGUUCAUGAAUACCUCAACAUCAUUUCACGUGAGAUAAUAAUUUGAUGCUAUGAAUAAAUCAGAAAAACCAAUAGCUUGUGUCUAUUUUGUUUGGUUCAUUCAAAUUUCACAGCGGUUUGUCAGUUCAUGGCAUAAUAUUGCUUAAAAGUUUUGGGAUGUUCUCACAACAAUACGCGAUUUGCCAAUGGAUCGUUUGUGCCAACAGUAGAGCCUUGUCUGAACUGUAAAUGCAUAAAUGCAAACUUAAUAUGCGCUUUGCGUGUGUGUCCUGAUCAGGCGUUUCCGCCGCCCCGCGGCUGUGUGAUCGUGCAAAAAAAGAACUCGUGUUGCCCAUACAUGACAUGCUCAAAACUCCAUACGGUUUACAAAGAUCAAGAGAAAAAGGUCGUUACACACGAUCGCAAAUGGUACGAACAAAAUAUUCGGAAUCGAAUAUUCAGCCAGAAUGCGCUGCAACGACGGAUUGAGGACUCAGACGCAGAGCAGCAAUUGAGCAAUGGAAAAAUGUGCGUGGUCAAUGGGACCGUUUAUCGAAGUGGUUCAGCAAUGACGAGUUCAUCAUUGUGUACUUACUGCUACUGCAUCGAAGGCAAACAGAAGUGUAUCCAACCGAAAUGCACUCUUCCAGCCAAAGGCUGUGAACCAAUUUUAAUCGAUUCGUCUUGCUGCCCAGUCCGGUAUGAUUGCACUGAAAACAAAAUCAUCAAAGCCAGAUAUAACACAAAAUAUAAUCGGCGACGAAACGAUAACAAGCAUUACCUGCGAAUGACAUCGAGAAUGCAGAGAAGUCGAGGUUGUUUGUUUAAUUCCACAUUCUAUCCGGAGGGCCAUAAACUGCCAGCAAACCAAACGAACCCGUGUGAAAUUUGCUUUUGCAUUGGCGGCAGUAAACGAUGCGCACCAAAGAAAUGUGCUCCGAUGAUAAGAAACUGCAGACCAAUCAUUCCGGAUGGCCAAUGUUGCCCGUCCAGCUACGAUUGCAAAACGGUUUCAGAUCACAAGACUGCUCGGGGUUUUAUAUCGCGACAGUAUUCGGAUUUGUUUUCGUUGUUUUUCGGUGAUGAAGAUAAAGAGAAUUCAACAGCAUCAUGGGAUUAUGAGACUGAAACCGAGUCGAUAAGUGCCGAGCUGAAUGCAACGAAUGAAAAAGGCCUGCUCGACGUAAUAAAAGACAGCUUGAAUUAUGUCGACGGGAACAAACAGACGGCAGAACAGCAAACAAAUGUUCCUAACCAAAUAGUUCAGUCGAUAGCAAAUUUACCAAGCUACAAUGUUAGCGACGGUGAUGACGGCAACGGCGGUGGGGACGAUGAUGAUGAUGACGAUGAAGAAAUAAGUCUGCUGGACUUUUUCUUAAAAGGUGAGAGUGAGUUCACCUCAACAACAACUAAGCCGUUUGUGUUCAAUGUGACUGGGAAACCACUACUUAAUGGCAUGACGAACAGUCCGAUGCAAAUUCAACCCAUCUUACCAGACAAUAUGAAGAAUGAUUCCAUUAGAUUCUCAAUGUUGCCCAUGUCUCUGUAUAAUAUGGUGAAAGAUGAUGGUACUGUGAUGUUUGAUGGUGAAAAGGCAAAUCAAUCACAACAAAUUGUAUCUUCGCAUCCAUUAGGAGUGUCUAAUUCCAAACACGCAAUCAAAGAGAUCGAAAGUGACGUAUCACCAAUUAAAAGCCACGUAAUCCACGCGCCAACAAUUAGCAGUGAUGUGAAAACGACAACACAUUCAUUUGUUUCAGUAACAAAGCCUAGCACCAGCACUCAAACGUCGACCUCUGCACCAAAAGCAAAGCCACACAAUGAUUUAAAUGUACGUGUUUCCAAUGAAACCGCAAAAAUAAAUAAAACAGAAAGUGUCAGUGUGAAAAGUGCGGUGAAUAAAACGGAAAGCAGUCGGAUCGAGACGACGACAGAGCAAAAAAUCUCAGUUACAACUACUCCAAAAUCGAAGCCAACCAAAUCUUCGGUAAAUCAAAAUAUGACGAAAUCCACUGGUUUAACAACCAAAAGGAUUAUUACAACAUCGACCAUCAAGCCCACCGUUAAAGUGACAUCAACUACACCAAAAAUCGAUGCAACCACCGUAAAAACAGCUAUUAAAACCACAGUUAAAACGACGGCCAAAACAACGACAAAACCAACGACUACUAAAGCACCACUAAUAGAGAGCACCACAGCUUCGAUGCAACCACUAACAACCAAAAGCACGACAAUUCCGAAAAUUACCGCCGUUCAAAUCAAUUCGAAUCCAUCGAUACUCGAAACGGAUGUCAGUUAUGACUACAGUGAACCUACUCUGCCUCCAAGUCUUCCGAAUUUGAAAAUUAUACCAUUUUUGCCGACUGAUGCCGUUAAAAAUAUAAUCCAUCGAAAUGAUGGCUAUAAAUCAAAUUACAAUUACUAUCAAUCCAGUUCGAAUCACUAUGCCGGCCCCGAAACACAUGUGGAAAACACGGCAUAUUCACCGUUCAACGUUAAGCCAAAUAUUGAAAAAUAUCCUACAUACACAGUAGCAGAUGACCGCAUCGAUUAUGAUAGCUAUAAAAUGCCGGCUGAAAAUGUGGAUGGGUUGGAUUAUAUAAAUGUAUACUCAAACGGUGGUAAUAUGAUUCAACCAACGUCGUUCCAAUUAAGUGUCAAUUCAAAACUUGACUACGGAACCACAGAUCAGAAAGUGGUUCCAUCGAAAAUUCCACCGAUAGUGAACAAGAAUUUGACAGUGAAACCGCCGCUGCCUCCGUUUGAACCCGAGCAUGAAUAUCAUCUGUAUAAUCCACCACCGAAGCCGCAGCUUGAGUUGGGCAAUGGCUAUAAUGAGUACAGUGUUAAUGGACCUAUUUCGAAUGAUCCGUUCCCAUCCGAACAUAAUUAUAAUGUUCCACAUUUUGUGACAAUGCCACCGUUGAAAGAACCACAACACAGACCGGUAGCCAAUAAGGAUACAGUAUUUAGUUAUGGUGGUAAAAACAAAUUCAUUCCACCGGCAAAAACAGAAGGUGGUUUUGUGCCGAAGCGAACGAAUGGAGAGAAUUACAUUCCUUUGCAUGGAUCUAAUUAUUAUGCUGACAGCAAAGAAGACGAAACUAACUCAUUGAAAAAUUCGUCGGAUACACCAACAGAUAAAGUGCAGCCGAAUGAAAGUGAAGAAAAAACAAAAACAGAGGAAUCAAACCAAACCACAUCGAAUUUGGAUAAAUACAUAAUAUCAAUAACGACAGAAAAGGACUUCAAAAUCCCAUCACUCGAGGAGUAUAACGACGCUUUCUUGGGUGUUGACAUUCUUGGGCCAUAUAAAAAGCAGUCGGAGGAAUAUGAAGUGGCCAGCGACAAUGACCAAAAUACUGCGAAUGCUCAGCUUGUUGAUCAUAACAUUUCCUUCAAUAGUCUUUACGGCGUGCUAUUUUCAGAUGAAGAACACGUACACACACCUUCGACUGCAUUAACCGCUUCCAAAUCUUCGAAUACUACAAGCACCACUACCACUAAAUCCACCACUUCGACUUCAACACCAAAGCCUCCUUCGAAAAAUUUAACAGAUAACGCCAUCCCUUUAAAAUUGAUAACAAUUAUAAACAACACGAAGAAGGAGAAUCCAACAAAAGUUGAAAUACCGCAACGGAAAAAUAACAAAAUCAUCGAUCCGACUGAUGAACCAUUGGUAGAGAAUUUGCCGACAACUGAAUUGCCCUCAUCCACCACAAGUGAACCGGAGAGUAGUGAAAAUUUGGCGAUACUUCGCGAUGUGUUCUUUUCAAGCCUAAAUCGGGCACCAAUCGUCAGUAGUGAUAUUUCUGAAGACUUACUCCAUAAAUCUCCUAUAUUCCUGUCCCGUCCAAUAAACAAAUUCGGCAUCAGCACUGCUGGUUUUUCAAAUCUAAAUUCAUUGGAAUCAAAGCACAAUUUCCAAACCAAUCCAAUUCGAUCUGAACUCGAUUUGAUCAUUCCUGAACUGAACAAAAAUAAACACAACCACGAUUUCAGUCAUACCAACAAUUUCAGUUCGGAAAAUUAUCAAGUGCUUCCCGCUGACGAUACAAACAUUUCAAAUACCGAAUCGUAUGUAGUGAAUCCAGUUGAUGUGGACAAAUUGAAGGAGCACCAUUCGAAUGGUGAAACCAAAAUAUAUACACCUCCGCACAAAGAUCCGGCAGGUCUGUUGAAAUUGGCCGGUUGUAAUAUUUAUGGUCGCAUGUAUCGCGUUGGACGGAUUAUUGCUGAGCUAUCGAGCUCAUGCCUCGAAUGUAGAUGUACAGAGGUUGGUGUGUCGUGUACGCCAUUGAAUUGUUAACAAGUGUAUUCAACGAAGCCAAGUGAUAGUGACAAAAAAAAUUUAGCAAUUUUUUUUAUUCAAAUUUAUCUCACUAAUACAUAAAACUUGUGUGCCGAACGGAUUAUAUUAAUUUUAGUUUGGUAGAAGAAAAACAAAUGCACGAAAUUGUUUCGUUUGGUUUUAAAUUUCCAGUGAAUAUCGUUGAGAGUUUUCGCAUUAAGCAAAGUCAAAGAUUUUAUUUAUGUUUAAUGUUCAUGUGCACUCUUUUUUUAAUAGUGUAUAAUUUCAGAUCUAAUUUUAGCAUCUUGACGAAUUUUAUUGCUAUGGAAUGAAUAUUAAUAUUCACAAUAAUUAUUAUGGUUUCUUUUCGUACAAUUUUUGGUCAUAAUGUGACUAAUUCUAAGAACUCAAUCGAUAAAAAAUAAUAUAAAAA